CUCCUUAUUCUUCUCUCUCUCUUACUUCUUCUAUAGGUGGAUCGGCGUUUAGCGACUGGGUUUCGAGAUCGGAAGAGGGAUCGAUCGAGAUGGGGCGGGGGAGAGUGCAGCUGAAGCGGAUCGAGAACAAGAUCAAUCGCCAGGUCACCUUCUCCAAGCGCCGAUCGGGGCUGCUCAAGAAGGCCCACGAGAUCUCCGUCCUCUGCGACGCCGAGGUCGCCCUCAUCAUCUUCUCCGCCAAGGGCAAGCUGUAUGAGUACGCAACCGAUUCCUGCAUGGAAAAGAUUCUCGAGCGCUACGAACGUUACUGUUAUGCAGAAAAGGCACUAACCUCCUCCGAACCCGAGUUUCAGGGCAACUGGUACCAAGAAUAUGCCAAACUUAAGGCUAAGAUUGAGGCUUUACAUAAAAGCCAAAGGCAUCUCAUGGGAGAGCAGCUUGACUCGUUGUCUCUCAAAGAACUCCAACAACUAGAGCAUCAGCUGGAUGCUUCUUUGAAGCAAAUUAGGUCGAGAAAGCACAAAGUUAUGCUCGACUCCAUUACCGAGCUCCAAAGGAAGGUGAAGCAACUGCAGGAGCAAAACAAAGGGUUGGAGAAAGAGCUAAUGGAGAAGCAGAAGUUGAAGGUUGUGGCCCAGCAAGCACAGUGGGAACAGCAAAACCCUCCCUCCUCCUUCCUCGUAGCUGAAUCGCACCCCACUCUAUGCAUUGGGACUUCUUACCACGGUGAAGGAGAUGCACAAGCCCAUGUACGGAACAGCAGCAGCCUGUUGCCACCAUGGAUGCAUCGCCAUCUGAAUGGCUAGUUGCGGUCAGUUGCAUCAGAAGAGGAACGCCUUCCAUGCCCCACCUGGAGCUGUAAAUUAUACACAUAAUAUCAUGAUGGUGCAAUGCUACUAACGCCACCCCUGCAUCUGCUGCGUGAAGAAGUUCAUUUUGGGUCGUCUGACCCUAUCGGCUAUCCAAAACACCAAAGCCGGCAUGGUUAUAUCGACCGUAUGAAGUGUGAAUGUUAUGCAUCUGACUCCUAUGUUCAUAUAUUGGCAGCAGCAUUCCAGUGAUACAAAAGUUGUAAUUCCUAUUUUGAUGCGAGACCGUAGAAUGUAAUUUGUUGUAUCACAAAGUCACACAAACCAUAAUGCAGCAGUAGUGACCUCACAACUACAAGAUAGCAAACAUAGUUAAAAGUGUUUUCAUGUGUAUGCAGGAGUAGCAUCAGGCAUUACCAUGCUACCAUAAAAGUGCCGGUGCGGAGACCUGUAAGAUUGAAUACAUGUCUAUCACCCGAGUGCAUCAGCCAUGCUAAUUAGCAUGGUUUUGCACGCCGUGAUACGUGGAUGCGAACAAGGUGACGAUGACGGAGGCAACGUGGCAGGGGAAGGUGUCGCUCGGUGAAGGCGAGGCCGUGGUACCAGCUACAGGAAGCGGCGCGCCGCCAAGGAUGAUCGUCACGUGCUCGACUAUAUAUAUAUAUAUAUAUAUAUAUAUAUGAUUUGUAAUAGAUGCUGUAAUGUAAUGAAAGGGGAGUCUCAACAGUUGCACUCAUCUUUAACAAUAUUACAGAACUUAGUUUA